AUGUCUCGCAGACCACCUCCAGCGUACACAGCACCACCUGAUUCGGGCGUGCAUGCAACAUCGCAGCUCUACCGCUCAAUCUCCGAAACCGCCUCUACCCCAUCUGCGCGUAUUCCGAAGGAAUCUUUCACUAUCAGACCCUGUUCUGGUCAAGCGUGGAUUGUCCCCGCCGGCCACUUAUGCCGCCUGACUACACCCAAGGGACCACAGGUAGGCGAUUUGAACAUUUGGAAUGCGAACAACCCCCGAGAACGGAUGUGGGCGGCACGGACUCGCCAAAUCCAUGCCUCCCACGUCUCGGUGGGUGAUCGGCUAUGGUCGAACUUGCCCUAUCUACGACCCCUCGUGACAAUCACCGGUGACUCGCUGGGUGGCGGACAACUGCAUGAUGUGCUUGGGCCCGAUGGAAAGAGAAAGCCAGAGGUGGUGUUUGGAAGUACACAGUUUGGAGGACGCGUGCAUGACUUGAUGGGUACUCGCUGUGAUCCCUACGUCAAUUUACUUAUGGGUGGGGAGACCUUUGACUUCCACUGUCACUCGAACUUGACUCGGUCCGUGGUUCCUUAUGGGUUGACUGAAUUGGAUGUUCACGAUGUCUUGAAUGUGUUCCAGGUGACUGGACUGGAUGAGGAGGGCAAGUACUUUAUGGAGACAUCCCCUGCACAGGCGGGCGAAUACUUCGAGUUCUUUGCCGAGAUGGAUGUUCUCUGUGCGCUGUCUGCGUGCCCCGGUGGUGAUCUUUCGAACUGGGGGUGGGAUAAUAAAGAGGGUGAUAUGGGAGCCACUUGUCGCCCGUUGGGGGUGGAGGUUUACCAAUUGGCUGAUACCCAGGUACUGGAUGGGUGGAAGGCUCCCGAGUGCCCCAAAUACCAGGGUAUGCAUGGGAUGACCAUGCCCACUCGCGAAGACGAUGGAUAUGCUGGAGUGUAA